AUGCCAACGCCCGGUCCAAUGCUAACGCCGCCCACCACUCUGGCAGUGGGAGUUCGAAGCUUCGUGCUGGAGCAGCACUUCACCUUCGAGUAUGACGUCGGAGUCUGGUCCAUGGGUUCGGUUCAGGCCCUGAAGGACCGCCGAUCCGGGGUUCUCAAAACGUGCCGCUCCAUCUUCAAGCCGCGCCUCACGAGUGUCUGGACCGCUUCGCAGGAGCUUGCAAAGCUGAAGAUGCUGCAGCACCCAAUGCUGUCUGCUGUCACUGACGUUUUGGAGGACUCCGAGUAUUUGUUCGUCGUCUCGCUCCGUGCAAACGGGGGGGACCUGGCGGAAUUCCUAGACAGGCGCAUCCCGUUGCUUUGGCGGGUGGGCCUCACUUUGGAUUUCUGCAUGGCCCUUCUUUCCCUGUCCUACAUGCGAUGUCCAAACUAUCCCUUUCUUUUUCGGCGUUCGGACCACGAUUUUCACAAAGCUCAUAGCAAAGAAGAUGACGUCGAUGGUUGUGGCAUCGUUCCGGCGGUUGUGGUGAGGGGUAUGUGUGGCGGUGAUGGUGGCCAUGCCUCGGGUGGUGAUGAGCAGAAGGAGGAGAUGGAGGCGGCAACGAAAAAGCGCUUCGCCGUGGCCAGCGAGACCUUCGGCGAGGGCCAAGAGCUUUCCUUGGCGGUGCAUGCGGCAGUGCCAUCCCCGGCGAGCCCCGAGAAGGCCUGCCUUCUUCACUGCCCAUCUCAUUGGGGCUCCGACCACCGGUAUGAGGUUUACAGCCUCGACACGUCGAACCCCGACUCCUUCCCAGCUCUGGAGCCACUCUUCGUUUCGUCGGCCUCCAAGGCGGAGAAGGAAAAGCUGGUGGAGGCGGGCAUCGCGCAAAUUGCGCCCAAGCAACGGCAUGGGUUCAGUCUAGCACCCUACGACUGUAGUCUCUACUUUCUCUGUGGCCUGCAGCACUUCCCUGGUGAUGUCACGGGCUCGUUCGUCUACUGCUUCAGUUUGGAGGAACGCGAGUGGACGGAAGUGGAGUAUACCGGUACCUUCCCAGCGACGAAGCCGGGAGUGUCCUACCAGGGCUGUCGAUUUGGCCAGAGCUGCGUCGUGCAGGGGCAGAGAGCUUGGAUCUUUGGCGGGUGUGUGAGCAACGAGGCCGGUGGCGUGCAGCCAACCAGUGGCCUUUUUUCCUUUGAUCUCGAGGAGCAUCACUUUGAGGAGAUUGCGGCGGCCUCGCCCAGCAACUGGCCUCCUGCAUUAACAGCCCACUCAUCAGUGGCUUUUGACGGCAAAGUCUUCGUCUUCGGCGGUGGUGACGGCGCACAAGACGUGUACUGUUACGACGUCGCAAAGUCCAGCUGGGCGCUGCUGCCGCCGCUCCUCCUUGGGCCUCGACCUUGCGACGGCCGUGUCGCGCACGCCGUGGCGGACGGUUAUGUGGUGGCCUACCAGCAGACCGAGGGCUCGGACCCGGCAUCCGAAGAGCCAAACGUGGGACACAGCCUUUUUCGCAUCACCCGCGACCAGCUGAGCCGGCGGGCAGAGACAAGUGCCCGUGACUUCCGAGACCACAAGCCCGAGGGGAUGAGCGAGCUCGACUUUCUCCUGGAUGAGGCGACCGCGGAUGCGGCCUUUCUCAUCGACGAUACGAAGCUCCCCGUUCACCGCGCCGUGCUGCGUCGCUUCGCGCCUGCGCUGGCGAAGGUGGUGGCUGAGAAGCCCGUUGUAGCGCUGAAUGGAAAGGGUGUGACCAUUCCAGCAGUGCAGCAGCUGCUUCAGCAUGUCUACUCCCGCUACAUGGACCCUGUCAGCCCCGCGGAGGCGGAAAUGCUGCUGAAACUGGCACAUCACUUCCAGCUGAUGCCGCUGGUGCAGCUUUGUCAGGAGAACAUCGUGAUUGAUGCCAGCAAUGUGCGCGAGCUUCUGGACUAUGCUUCCCGGGUGACACCACCACUGGAGACCUUGAACCAGAAGUGCUACGAGUUCUGGACCUCCCAUCCGGAGCAUUUGAGCUUCAUGAAGAGCCCGGUGAGGGACCGCCUACCCUCCAACUUGCCCACUGUGGCCUCGCCAGAACUGCGUGCGGCCACGGAGUCAGAGGCUUUGGAGCUCUUGUUUUGCGGAGAGCUUUGCGCUUUUGCUUCGGACUUGUUUCCACACAUAUAG